AUGCUCCAAAGCAUCGCCAAUGCUGGGCAGCAGCGGCCCCUCUUUGUGCUAUUCCUGGGUCUGUACCUGGUCACCGUGGUGGGGAACCUGCUCAUCGUCCUGGCCAUCAGGACAGACUCCCGCCUCCACUCCCCCAUGUACUUCUUCCUAGCCAACCUGUCUCUGGUAGACAUCAGCUUCUCGUCUAUCACUGUGCCCAGCCUGCUGGGAACUCUCUUCACUAGACACCAGGCUGUUUCUUACAGUGGAUGCCUGGCCCAGAUGUAUUUCUUCAUUGCCUUUGGAGCCACCGAGAACUUCCUCCUGGCUGUGAUGGCCUAUGAUCGCUACUUGGCCAUCUGCAAUCUGUCGCAUUAUUUGGUGGUCAUGAGCCGUCAGCAUUGUGCCCUGCUGGUGGUUGCCUGCUGGCUGGUAUCUCACCCCCACUCCCUGCUGCACUCCCUCCUGAUGACCCAAAUGACCUUCUGUGCCUCCCAUGAAAUUCCCCUCUACUUCUGUGACGUCUUCCCCCUGCUGAAGAUCUCCUGCUGUGAUCCCUACAUCAACUUCCUUGUGGUGUACACAGCAGGGGCCGCCAUAGUCAACAGUGCCCUUCUGAUGGUCCUAGCCUCCUACGCCCACAUUAUCACCGCCGUUCUGUGGGUGCCCUCGGCCCAUGGGAGGCGCAAGGCCUUCUCCACCUGA